AUGCCUCGUGGUCAGAAGAGUAAGCUCCGUGCUCGUGAGAAACGCCGCCAAAAUAAAGCUGAGAACCAAGGUGAUGAGAGUGCUCAGGCCCCUAGAGGAGAGGAAGGAGAGGCUGCUUGCUGCUCCUCUUCUCUUUUGGGGGAGCCUCCCUCAAGCUUCACUGCUGCUGGCACUCUCCAGGCACGGCCAAGUGCCCCAGCAACCACCGGUGCCGCUGCAGGUGCUUCAUCUGAGAGACCUGCUGUAAAAGCCAAAGGCCAUGGUAGGAAGAGUAAAACUUCCUCCCGGGCCUCAACUUCCACUGAGAGCUCUGGCCUAGAUCUUCUAACUCAGAAGGCGAUUAUGUUGGUAGAGUACCUGCUGUGUCAGUAUAAAAGGAAGGAGCCCAUUAGAAAGAGAGACAUGCUGAAGAUAGUCCACAAAUGGUUCAGGAAGGACUUCCCUGAGAUCCUCAGGAGAGUCUCUGAGCACAUGGAUCUAGUCUAUGGCCUAGAAUUGAAAGAAGUCGAGCCCAAUGGUAACUCCUACACCCUUAUGGACAAUCAAGAUGACAGCAGUGAUGGGAGUCUGAGCAGCGGCUUUAGGUUUCCUAACAAAGGGAUUUUGAUGCCUCUCCUGGGUGUGAUCUUUUUGAAUGGCAACUGUGCCUCUGAGGAGGAGAUCUGGGAAUUCCUGAAUAUGAUGAAUGUCUACGAUGGGAAGACUCACUUCAUUUUUGGGGAGCCCAGAAAGCUUAUCACUCAAGAUUUGGUGCAGGAGAAAUACCUGGUGUACCGGCAGGUGGCCAGCAGUGAUCCUCCACGCUAUGAGUUCCUGUGGGGUCCAAGAGCCGAAGCUGAGACCAGCAAGAUGAAAGUCCUGGAGUUUUUCUCCAAGCUCAGUGAUUCCGUCCCCAGUGCCUUCACCCCCUAUUAUGAAGAAGCUUUGAAAGAUGAGGAAGAGAGAGCCCAAGCCAGAGCCCAGGCUGCAGCCAGGCCUGGCAUUCCUUCCAAGGCCAAGGGGCGCUCCAAGGUCACAUCCAGCAGCUGCCCUCACCCUGAGUGA